UCAGUACUCGACACGGUUUCGAAUGAUAUUGACAUGAAUUAUUAUUUUUCUUAUUAGAGUGAUUAUUUGUCAAAGACUAUUAUUAAUAUUGAAAUUUUUUGUAAUAAACAAUUUGUUCCAAGUUUCUGCAAUAAAUGUUCAGUGAAGAUAUUUUUUGGUGUAUAUAGUCAUUUUUUACGUAGCCACACAUUCUAAAUAAUCAUUUUAUAACAGUUUGAAUUAUGCAUCAACUUCAAAAGAUUCAGGAAAGUUUUACCCUGCUAUUCCUUCUUCCACAAACGAGAGGCUCAACUGAAGAGAAACACAAGACUGACAAUGAUUACGAAUUUAUACAAAGGAGCAAAAUACGUACAAUGCAUUUUCAGGCAUCCUUGCCUCGACUUCCAAUUCCAAAAUUGGAAGACACCUGUCGACGAUAUUUGAACGCACAAAAACCUCUACUGAGUGAAGAAGAAUUUACAAAAACAAAAUCCUUCGUCAAUCAAUUUUUGGAAAAUGAAGGACUGAUAUUUCAAAAUGAAUUAAUUAAAAAGGACAAAAAAAAUCGGCACACUAGUUACAUUAGCGAAUACUGGUUCGACAUGUACCUGAGAGAUCGAAGGCCAUUGCCAAUAAAUUACAAUCCAAUUAUAAUCUACACUCAAGAGAGUGACGAGCGCUACAAUGAUCAACUGGUGAAAGCAACGAAUUUCAUUGUCUCUUCGGCUCGAUUCAUGAAAUCACUGAGGGCUGGAAUUCUGGAACCAGAAGUUUUUCAUUUGAAUCCUAAAAAGUCGAAUACCGAAUUAUUUCGCACAAUUAUAAGCAUGCUGCCUUCGUGGAUUUCCUGCUACGGAGCGUAUGCUUUUAAAGCUUUUCCAUUAGACAUGUCCCAGUACGAGAAUCUAUUCAAUUCGACGAGAAUUCCUGAAUUUGGGAAAGAUCGAAUUUUUUUGGAAAAAUCAGCUCGUCACAUUCUGGUAAUGAGAGGCGGUAACUUUUACUGUUUCGACGUUAUAAAUCCUGAUGGUACUCUAGUUUCGCCGGUGGAAAUUGCCGCAAAUUUGAAUUUCAUUCUCGGAGACAACAAAGGAAGUUCAAAAAAUCCCAUUGGAAUUUUCACUACAUCUGAGAGAGAUCAGUGGGCGAAAGCGAGGGCACAUCUUUUGAAAAUAGGAAACAAUGAUGUCUUGCAGAAAAUCGAUUCAGCAGCAUUUGCUCUAAUUUUAGACGAUGAAGAUUUCAGUCAAGAAUUUAUGAAUCUUUUACGCAACUUUCUCCACGGCGACGGCAAAAAUCGAUGGUUCGAUAAAUCUUUUUCUCUAAUUAUUACCAAGGAUGGUUCUGCUGCUGUGAAUUUCGAACAUUCUUGGGGUGAUGGCAUUGCUAUUCUCAGAUAUUUUCAAGACGUGAAGACUGACAUUUCGAAGCACUGGUGGUUUCAACCAGAAGACAAAUUGUUAAUUUCGAAAAUAAAACCGGAUGUAGAAUCAUUAGAGUUUACUGUAGAUGAAAAAGUGAAAGAUAUGAUUGAAUUUGAAGUGAAAAAAUACAAAGAAUUGACAGAUUCUUUAAGUGUCGAUUAUAUUAAAUAUGACGAAUUUGGAAAAGAGUUGAUUAAACAGUUUGGUGCUAGUCCCGACGCAAUAAUUCAAUUGGCUAUUCAAUUGGCAUUUUACAAACAAGAGGGACGAACUGCUGCUAGUUAUGAGUCUUGCAGCACUGCCGCUUUUAAACACGGACGCACAGAUACUGUGAGACCUUGCACGGAGCAAACGAAAAAAGUUUGCUCAAUUUUGGCUGAAAAAUCAUCAGAAGUUUCCAACGCAGAGUUGAAGAAGAUGAUUGUUGAUUGUAGCAAGGCGCACACCGAACUUGUCAAGAAUGCUGCUAUGGGUCAGGGCUUUGAUCGACAUCUCUUUGCAUUAAAAAAAAUGCAAGAAGAGUUGGGUUCAAGUAAGAGUCCCCUUUUUGAAGAUCCAGCAUUCUCAUCGUUAAACUAUAAUAUUUUAUGUACAUCCACAUUAUCUACUCCGGCUAUGCUUGGUGGUGGAUUUGGACCCGUUGUUCCAGAAGGUUUUGGAAUUGGGUAUAUGAUGCUGAAUAAGGAAAUAAGAGGACUAAUAACAAGUUAUUCAGAACAUAAAAACGCAAAAGAAUUUGUUAAAAAUCUUACAGCAGCGCUGGAAGACAUCCGGAAAGUGGUGAUUUCUCCUUGAAAUUUCUGAUAUUUAUCUAAAUCUACGUUUUCAAAUUUUUUUUACUUGAGUUUUGAAAAGCUCUCUAAAUAAAAGUUUUUUGUUGCAUUUUUUAUAGUUAUCUAUAUAUUAUUCAUUAUAUAUAUAUUUAUCUUCAUUUUUACAGAGGUUGUAGCAAUUUUUAUAAUAAAUAUAUACUUAUACACUGUAUACAUUUAUUUUCUUUUAAUUGAUGACUUCUAAAAAAAAAAAAAUGAUUUCUACAAUUUACUUACUUUUCUUCUAAUGAAGAAUUAAUGAGAACUUUAAUACAACAAUGAACUAUAUCUUAUCAACAAUAUACAUAGAACGAUAGGGCCUAAAAUCCAUCAACUUUACUCAUUUUAGGCUCUGGAGAAUAAAUCAUUAAAUAACACACUUCUUGAGUCCAUUUAGACAAAAUGAAAU